AUGGCAGCCCUUACAUCUGACCCUAUUCUUGACAAUGGUCUUGGCGUUAUUGAUCCAGAUGUCUAUUUUCAAAUGAACAAACCUCCUGCAAACCUGCCAGAGUUUGAAGCAAAGCUUAAAGACUUUGUAAAACUCCAUGAGGCCAAAGGCAGUCGACUAGUCUUCAUUACCAGUGGUGGAACAACAGUACCUUUGGAAAACCAGACUGUUCGAUUCAUCGAUAAUUUUAGUAACGGCAACCGUGGUGCAGUUUCGGCCGAGUACUUUAUUGAAGCUGGCUACGCAGUCGUGUUUAUGCACCGUCAAUUUAGUCUACAGCCCUACCAGCGCCAUUACACCCAAGAUCCUAACAAGGGAUUCCUUGAUUAUCUGGUCCCUCAGCCAGAUGGAUCAAUUAAAGUCGAUCCUCAAUACGCACCAAGCAUGAUCAAGGUUUUGGAAAAGUACCAAAAGGCUAUCCGUUCCAACCAGCUACUUCUUCUAGACUUUGUUACCUUGCCAGACUACUUGUUUAAAUUGCAGGCCGGAACACGUAUCCUGGCACAGCUUCAGGAAAGGGCAAUGUAUUAUCUUGCUGCUGCUGUCAGUGAUUUCUUCAUUCCUUCUCAAAAAAUGAAUGAGCAUAAGAUUCAAUCCAGAGAAGGUGCAUUGACUCUCACACUUGACCAAGUACCAAAGUUUCUUAAGCCAUUAGUCAGUGUCUGGGCUGCAAAGGGGCUUAUUGUCUCUUUCAAGCUCGAAACCGAUGACAAGCUGUUGGUUCCUAAAGCAAGAAAUGCCUUGACACGUUAUGGCCAUCAAGUUGUCAUUGGCAAUAUGCUCACCACCCGCAAACAGACCGUUACCUUUAUUACCAAGAACUCUGAAAAGGUUAUCUCGCUCUCAAAAGACCAGCAGGCAAAGGAUGUUGAGAUUGAGAGUGAAAUUAUACCAGAGCUUGUUCAGAUCCAUGAUUCCUGGAUCAAGUCUGGUGCUACUCAAGUGUAAUUUCAGACAAUAUCUAGAUAGAAUCGAUAGAUAUAUCUUUGUAUAAAAAGUUUGUCUAGUUCCUUUAUCUUUCCCUUUCUUUUUCCUGUUCACAAUUAACCAUCACUAUAACAACCGCUAUCAAAAGGAAAGAAAGAAAGAAAGAAAGAAAAACAGCAUCCUACUAAAUCGAAUAAUAGAGUACAAUAAACAACUCCAAAAAAAAACACAUACACACACACACACACAAGGUACAUACAUUUGUGCUUGUAUGUUGUAUCUUACUCUU